GGCAUCCCGCGAACCCCCUCCGCUCCGUCGUUAUCGGAUCGCGCGAACGUCCGCGCGUAUCUUCAUCUCGAACAAAUAUUUACCGACGCGACGAUGAUAGUCCACUAACUCCCGAGGUUCUUGAUCAGCUGCGUGCAAAGUUUUACGCCGACAGCCGCAAUGUGUUGGCGCAGAAUGUCUGCACGAAGACGAAUCCCAUCGAGGCGUGCGCCUCGAGGAAGAUCCUGGAGGAGACCCAACACGUCUUCACCCAUAAGAUCGAGACCGAGGGCAAGCCUGUGACCAACCAAAAGAACUCGGGAAGGUGCUGGCUGUUUGCCAUCCUAAACGUCAUGAGAACCAGCUUCAUGAAGCAAUAUAAUCUAGAUGAGUUUGAGUUCAGCCAGGCUUACCUGUUCUUCUGGGAUAAGGUAGAACGUUGCAAUUAUUUCCUGCAUAACAUCGUGAACACUGCGAAACGCGGCGAGCCAGUCGAGGGCCGUUUGGUUAACUUCCUGUUAACCGACCCCACCUGCGACGGUGGCCAGUGGGACAUGAUCGUCAACCUGAUAACCAGACACGGUGUCGUGCCGAAAACGUGUUUCCCAGAGUCGUACAGCUGCGAGUCCAGCGUACGCAUGAACAGCCUGCUGAAGAGCAAACUGAGGGAGUACGCCAAGGCUCUGCGAGAUAUGAUCGAUAAUGGCGCGUCUGACGACGAGCUGAAGACGCGAAUAAGCGAGCAAAUGACGGUGAUCUACCGGAUAAUCGGUAUCUGUUUGGGUGUACCGUCUGAGAAGGUUACAUGGGAAUACUACGACAAGUCGAAGAAUUACAAUUGCGUGGGCCCGAUCACGCCACUGGAGUUUUACGAGAACUACGUGAAACCUCAUUACAACGUGAACGAUAAAGUAUGCCUGGUAACCGAUCCACGACCGGGUAAUCCUUAUGGGAAGCUCUAUACCGUGGAUUGCCUGGGAAACGUCGUGAGUGGAAAAACUACCCGGUACAACAAUCAGCCGGUGGAAUUGCUGAUGAAACUGUGUGCCGAGAGUAUUAAAGAUAACGAGCCUGUUUGGUUCGGUUGCGACGUUAACAAAAGAUUAAUAGAUAAGCACGGUAUCCACGAUAUAAAAGCUUACAACUUUGAGCUGAUGUUCGGCACCGACAUUCACGUCGGACUUUCCAAGGCCGAUAGACUGCUCUAUGGGGACUCUAUGAUGGUGCAUGCGAUGGCAUUUACGGCCGUUUCAAUAGAUCGCGAGGGUAAGAUAAAGAAGUUCCGGAUAGAGAAUUCGUGGGGCGAGGAUCACGGGCAGAAGGGCUACCAGGUCGUGAGCACCGAAUGGUUCGCCGAUUUCGUCUUUGAAGCGGUCGUGGAUAAGAAAUACGUACCCGCGGACGUGAUGGCUGUUUUCAAUCAGGAACCCGUCGUUUUACCUGCCUGGGACCCCAUGGGCACGCUCGCUCAUUGAUGUUAAAGUGAUUUAACUAAAUGCAAUGGCAAGCCAUUUUAUUUCACCAGGAGGAUUUCAACCCAUAACACGAGAAAACAAAGUAUUUGAUAAAAAUUCCGGGGGCAGUGAUUGUACAAAAUAUACCAAUAUUUUAUACCUUAUACAAGAGAAUGCAGCAGUAUUGAUAAGUGGCUUUGUCGUUCAUAUGAAUUGUAUAAGUCCGUUUCGUUUAUUACAGUAUACGAGGGUUUAGUUCAAUCAUCAAGACUGAAUGUAUGAGUUACCAUAUUUGAAAUCACGAAAUAUCGUCGUUUUACGCGUGCGUAUAAAAAAAUACCGCAGUUUCCGUGCAACGUAUCAGUGAAAACAGAGAGGAGUGUUACGUCGCAUACUUUAUCUUAGUAGGCAAUAAUGUAUCGGUCUUAAACGUAAUUUACCGCUAUGAUUAACCAAAUGGUUGUAUCAAUACUUCGUUUUUAACACGUGCGACAAACUACAUCUCAUACAAACAAAAAUAAAUAGACUGCAAACAAA